GCUUCAUGCUCGUGCAAAAAUCUCGAUGCAGGAACGGCUACAAGGAAGCGACCACAUCCCAACAUUUAUACAGCCGCAACCGCCAAUCAAACUCACUUAGAGUCUGUUGUAAUGACCGCCGACAAUGUUUGCCAUCCUCAUCACGACUCUCAUCACGACUCUCAUUGACAUCACACACGUCACCACCGUCACCCCUCACCAUCUCGCUCACGACAGUUCUUGGCUGGAUCCCGAUCUCACAGCAUCUAGGCAGUUGCCCUGCUUGCCGGACUGCUUUCACUUUUGGCUGCCGCUUUGUUUUCGGCGGCAGUGCGAACCUUGUGCAAGCUGCAAAGGUUCUGGCGUACAGGUUUUUUCUUUCAUUUUUUUCUUUGCUUUUUUGCUUUUGACAGGUCGCUUCUCACCUCAACGCAAACUGCGCCGGCUUACCUGCUCCGGCUGCACUGGCAAACACCACGGCACGAUACUAGGAGUCAAACAUCUGCCUUCCUGCCGCGGAAGCCAAGAACACCCCAGUCCAAGGCAGUCAACCCGACCCAGAACCCAGCCGACUGCUCUUUCCCGCAAAGUAACCUGCGUGGUCUGGUCCAGGCCGCGCCUUUGAUGCCUCCACAGGGAAUUGUACCGCUCUUUGUCUGCCGCCUCCCGGGCAGCCUUGUCACGGCGAGAUACACGCUGGCUGGUUCUUGUUCAGCCACCACUUCUCUUUGUUUACCCCCUUUGACUGUUCGCUCGUCAACUGCGCCUUCAAUGGCUCCUUUAAGCUUCUGGCUUGCCCCGGGCAGCAUCAUCACUCUCCAAGCUUUGGCCGACGUGUAGCCUGCCGUCGCCUCAUCAUCGACCAUGGCUCUCCCCCCCAUAAACCUUUUCGGCACACUCACUCUGAACCUGAUCCCUCUCACACCUAGACAAGACCAUCCAUCUAUCCUGCCUGUAACCCUACUGUCUCUACUUGGCCUCCCGUCUCUACUUGGCCUCCCGUCCAAAUCUGUGAACGCUCCCCCAUGGCACCACCACACGACCGUUCACUCCGACGACGCGCCCCCGCAGGAUUUGGUCAGAUUCGGAGGGCCUAUAUGGUAAUGCCGCGGGCCGUAAACGCCGACUCCAAAGCCUCCAUCGUCCCCAGGCCGCAGCCGCCCGAGCCCGCCUGGCUGCCGAGCACCGCCGCCAUGUCUUCACGCCCGAGCCGGGCGCUGCGGCCCGAGACCGAGGUGUGCCAGAUAGCCACCGGCAAGAUCUCGCCCAACCCCAACUGGGCCCGCGCGGGGAAGCGAAUCCAUCGUGAAGUCUAUCCUGGCUAUGCGAGAUGGUUCGCCCGCCGGGGAGGCACCGAGGAGGACGAGAAGCACCUGCUGCUCUUCCAGGUGGUAGCAAUCCUGUUCUUCGACCGCGAGUGCGCCGGCGAGUUCCCCGAGAUUAGCCGGCCGUACAGCCCGCUCCAGGUCACGCAAUUGUUCUUCCCCCCCGAGAACGACCUGAUCAUGUUCGGGGGCACCACCACCACCACCACCACCGCCGCCGCCGCCGCCGCCACCGCCGAGCCCUUCUCCAGCAAGCCCCGCGCCGACAUCGACACGCCGCUCCCGGACCUGCCGUCCAUGUGCGACCUGCGCCUGAUCCUCGAGUACCUCCUGUGCAUCGACUACAAGCUGCCGCAGCGCCCCACGCUCACGUCGGUCAACCCGGCGAGCCUCGAGUCGUUUGCGCGCAUGUCGAAGCGCCUGUACGACUUUGUGUGGCGCUGCGAGGAGUGCCGGCCGCGCGACGGGGACGACGAGCCCAGCCUCCGCCGCUGCAGCAGCGCCCGCAGCAGCCUGCGCUACCCGUCGGCCGCCCAGGUGCGCGCCGCCGAUGCGGCCGCCCAGCUGGUGCGCGGGGCCGCCCUGCUCCUGGGUCUCAACUACACGGACCUGGCCCUCAUGUGCUUCCACUUCUACCGCCUGUCGUGGGCCGCCCUGCCGCCGCACGCCGACCUGCCCGGUACUGCCGCCGCCGACCUCUGCGCCCACGGGUUCGGGGACGGCACGCUUGGCGACGCCGCCGCCGCCGGGGACAUGCCGCCGCUCGAGGGCGAGGGCUGGAACAGGGGCGACUACAACAGCCCCCCCAAACCCGAUGCAGGCGCCGGCGACGCCGACGACGACAAGACCCGGUCGCCCCUGGUCUUUGGCCGCGGCGGCGGCGCGUGGGGGUGGGGGUUCGACACCUACAGGGGCUUCCGCCAGUCGCUGCCGCACCCGCUCAUCUACGGGCGGUGGCAAGGGUCGCUGCCUGUGGGUGUGCGGGACCGGGUGCUGCGCAAGGCGUCGGUCGACGCCAACGACGUGAUCCCCGCCGUCGUCUUUGACCGCCGCCGCGCCUGCGACCUGACGGCCGCCGCCCGCGACCUGGCCGCCACCCACGGCAUCACGACCCUGUCCCUCGUCCGCGCCCACCCGCAGCCGCCCGAGCCAGAGGCCCUGAUCUCGAUGGGGCUGGGCGAGGCCGUGACGGCCAUCACCGACAGCGUGUUUGGCGCCGCCAUCAGCGCGAUUGGGAAGCUGGGGGGCGGCGGCGGCGGCGGUGGCGGUCAGCAGGCGGCGGCGGCGGCGGCGGCGGGUGGUGUUUCGCGCGACUGGGAGGUGCUCGAGGAGGACCUGCCGCACGGUCGGGACGACGACCACGAGGCGGACGAUGAUGUGCCCGACGGGUGGGAGAUGAUUUGAUUCUUCUUCUUUUUUUUUUUGGGUAUUUUUUGUAUCCAGUAUCCAGCGGGUGGGAAUGAAUGGCGUCCGGAUCUGGUGGCAAUAACGAGGCAUCGCACACACACAGCGGGGGGAUCAGCCCGCCAACCAAAAACAAAACCUGCAGAGAUGCCCUCCCUUUAUACGUUUUUUUUAUUAUGCCUAAAAGUACCUACAAGUUUGUUCCUAGCCCAACUUACCGACGUACCGGCUGUCUUUAGGAGAUAUAGACUAGAUUUGCUUACAUGGGACAGAAUUACAUUGAUAUUUAUGCCAG